AUAUAUAUACAUACACCGAGAAGAAGACGGCACGCGGGGUUUUCAUGGAGGUAUAAGGUUUCGCAAUAAAAGUUGCGCCCACGACGUUUACAACAUGCGCCCGAUUGCAAUAGCCGGCUUAUCGUGCGCGUUGCUACUGUGCCUGGCCGGCGCGACAGAAGUCAACAUCUACUCCCUCCAAGUUUUCGCCAUACCCAUCGUACCCCAAUACUUCAAUUGGUCGUCCAAUGUAGGAAGGAACGAGUACAGGUACGAAGCCUCGCUGCUCGGCUCGCCGGACCUUCCCUCCUGGAUCCACUACACCUACAGCAAACGGACUCAUCGCGGCUACCUGUACGGCGUGGCUCCGAAAGACCAGAAGAGCUUCAAGCUGGAAAUCAUAGCGUUGAACAAAAAAACCUACGAGACGAGGGACAAGAUACUCGAGGUCAUUGUGUUGGAGAACGACAGCGUGGCCAAGUACCAAAUACAAUUGAAAGUUAACAACCUCAAUGUCGAGGAUAUGUUCGAUCGCAACAGAACGGAGGAUCUCUUCGACAUAUUUAGAAAAAACAUCUGGAGGAACGCCACAGACUUGCAGCUGACCUUCUUAGCGCCGGCGGUAGAGCUAGGCGCGCGCUACCCCCUGAAACCCGGCGAGCAAGUGGGAACGGUGCUGCGUUUGGGCAGUUCAACGCCCUUCUCGCCCGAUCUCCUGAAGAUCGAGAAAGAAAUCGAGCCGAGCACCAAAAAGUUCACCACGUGCGACUUCAAGCAGGUGACCUUUGACCGAUUUUUCCACCAGCGCUUCGAAUUCGACUGGUGCUACUUCAAAAUGAUCGAGGACAGCCAGCAGCAGGAGAGCGCUCGCCGGGACCUGAGCUCCAGCGUCAUCGGACCACCCAGUCCGUCGGAGUGGCGCUGGGCCCAACCGCGCAGGGCCGACCUGCCCAAGCGCACCUAUCGCAGGGAGGUCUUCGCCAGCGUUCUGGCACCCGCGUUGCUCAUGAUCCUCCUACUGGGUGGCCUCGGCGCCACCCUGUGUCUACGCGACGAGCACCUCUUAAUCUCAUCGAGCGGAAAAAGAGGCUCGCGACUUCUAACAGACCACGGCAGCACGAAUGGCGUCCAAAUGAUCCAGUACGCAACCCCUAACAGCGCGAGAGGCACCCUCAGAUCUCUUUCGGUCGCUCAACCCUCGUCCAGUCCAACUUUGAGCGAUUCUCAGUCGAUUAACCGCAGCCCAAGGAUCGGCCAGGACCACAGCAAUCUGUACCUUCGCCCGAACCCACCGCCUUACGUUAGUCUCAACAACUUCGGGACGGGCGUGCGAUCCGAUUUUUGACUAAACGAGGAGCCGGCUCAGACGUGGUUUUGCUAAGCAGCGGUAGAAGAAAAAUAUUUACUUAUCUACUGGAAGUAUCCUAGUGAUGGGAAAACGUGAAAUUUUUAAGAUUCUGAUGAUUUUACGUUCGCUAAUUACAGAUACUUGCAAAAACUACGUUUGCUGAGUAAAUCGGCUCCCGAUCGACUUUAAUUGCCGCCAUAUAUAUGCGCACUUAUAUUCACGAAAACAAUAAAAUAAACGCUCAACUUCAUUUGAAGGAUAUAUAUACUUUUUAUACGAUUUGUUUCAUCGAAACGCAUACAUUCAACUGGUUACACGCGCUUACGUAUAAUUAUUGCAUUUCUUCUGUAAGAGUAUAAAUGUGUACCACAAUACACAUAUAUGUAAUUGGUAGUGAUAGUUUUUUUAAUUUAAAAUGUGCAAUAAAUAGUGGACAGUUUUAUAUGUGUGUUUACGUUGAAUACGUGUAUUUCCCGCAUUCGCUCGCACAAUGUAUGAAACACGUAUACUUACCACAUGUACGUUGUACGUCAAUCGCUUUGCGAGAUGUGCAUAUAAAAUAUAUCACUUGUGCUAAUUAAAUAAGUAUGUUACAAAUUUUUUUUUUUUUAUGUUAUAUUCGUUUAUUACGUUGUACGAGGAAAUAUACAUUUAUAUUGCAUGACUUUGUACAUUUGUCAUAAAUUGUAUUGAAAGAUACAUUCGUACGUACAAUUAUAAACAGAUGAAUUAAAAUUUUAGAAUUUAGAAUUAUAAACUAGAUAAAUAUAAAAAUAUACGUAUGUAUACAAAAAAAGUUUUCGCUUAUAUAAUUAUUAAAUCACUUUGUUUUCAAAUAGAGUAUUGUUAACUAAUAUUCGUAUAUUUGUAUGGAAAAUGUGAAAGGAGGAGGAUCCUAUCAUACAAAAUUUGAUGUCACGAUACUAGAACUUUUUUUUUUUGACAUGUUCUGUAUUGAUUAAAAUGAAUUACGUGGAUUUGUUUUGCAAGAUUUUUUAAAUACCAGUUGCUUUAAAUUGUAGUAAUAUUUGUGAAAUCGAUCCGAAGUGAUACUACU